AUGGACUGUUUGAAGCACGUGGGAACUACUGCUUGGGCCAAGGAAAGGUUGAAGAUCUCCGUGAACACCGGUGCUAGCUGGUCAGCACAGGCUCUCAGGACCCGGCCAGGGAUUGCAUCUGGUCCUGCUGCCUUCCUGGUGUUCACCCUCCUGAAGGUGUUCCUCACGACACACAAGACAGCAAGCAGCACAGUGCUCAACAUGCUGUACCGCUUUGGAGAGGAACGCAACCUUGGCUUUGCCCUCCCACUGAGCUACCAGCUGAGGUACCCACUACCUUUCAAUGCUCACAGAGUCAAAGGUUAUCGAGGUCCCCGAGCCACAGAGUUUCACAUCAUGGCACAUUUAAUGAGGUUUAAUAAGCCAGAGGUGGAGAAAGUGAUGCCUGCAGACACAUUCUACUUUUCUAUCAUCAGGGAUCCUGUCGCGCUGGCCGAGUCCUCUUUCGCUUAUUACAAAGAAGUAGCUCCUGCCUUUCAGAAGGCAAAGGGGCUGGGAGACUUUGUCGACGACCCAAAUAAAUACUAUGACCCUCGUCUUUGCAACAACCACUAUGCCCGCAACCUGCUUUGGUUUGAUUUUCGCAUGGACAAUAAUGCUAAUUUCUCAGUGGAAUUAGCUCAGCAUGGUGAGGCCAUGAUCCGCCAGACAUUCAGACUGAUUCUUGUGUCCGAGUACUUUGAUGAGUCUAUGAUCCUGCUGAGACAUGCCCUCUGCUGGCCACUGGAUGCUGUAGUCUCAUUUAGCCUUAACGCUCGUCAGCAAAAGUCCGGCAGCAACAGCGUAAUGAGCGGAAGCUGGGUCGGCAAAGCUGCCGUAGCGACUGGCGUCGGUGCUAGAGCUGGACGCUCACAAGGUAAGAUGUUGCCCAAUCUGUCGCUAACGGAUCGUCAGCGGGAGAAGCUACGCCAGUGGAAUGCCUUAGAUUGGUACCUAUACAAAACCUUCAACCGCACGUUCUGGGAGGAUAUCGACAAGUUUGGUCGUGCCCAGAUGGAGCAAGAACAAGAAGUAGCUCUUCUCAGGAUGCGGCGGGAAAUCCUGGGCCGGGUUUGUCUGAAGGAUGGUGGAAAGCCCAUAGAAGCGUAUCGGAUACGCGACAAAAAUAUCCAACCCUUUCAGAGCGGAGUAGUAAAGAUUCUUGGAUACGAGCUCCAGCCGGGUCUCGACAAUGCUUCCAGGACGGCCUGUCUGAGGAUGAUUAGGCCCGAGAUCCAAUACAAAGAUUUGCUGGAUAGUAAACAGUUCCCACGGACUGUCCAACCCCAGCUGGGACAGCAGGGACCACAGGCUUGUUUGUGCUGUUGA